AUGCAACAGGCUACCCAAGGGAAAGAAGAUGAUAUGGAAGGGAGUUUCACACUGGCUGACCUGGAGGCUCAGCUGGACAGGUUGAAUACCGUGGGUGAAGGAUGUCCCGAACAGGAAGAGUCGGCACAAAUAAUAACCGCCGAAGAAACGCAUCAGAAAAGUCCCUCCAUGGAGCAGGGAAAAGAAGAAGAAGAAGAAGAAGCAGAAGCCAAAAACAUGAAAGCUGACACCACCAAGGCUGUAUCAUCGUCAGACCAACCAAGCCAGCAAAAGACAAAUAAGGACGACCCAUCUUCCCAUCAAGGAGGAACAGCCACGGAACAACCAAAUCCGGAAACUAGCCAUCCGGGUGCCUAUGCCAUGGCACCUACCGGCAGUACCGAUGUCGAGGAAAACGACGCUCAAACGGGCCUUCCAGCAGAAGCCGCUAUUAAUGCAACAUCUCAGGCUCCAGAUGAUAAUGGCUUGGCUGUGGCCAAUCCAGUAGAGGAGGAAGCUCUUCCUCUCCACCAACUACCCCAAGCCCACAAUCUUGAUGCGGUGCAACAAGCAUCACAGAGAAGGCAGCAAGAGACCAAGAAAUUCAAGAUUCUGGUGCUUUCAGGAACCUUGCUCCUUAUUGUCAUGGUUGUGGUCACACUGACUGCUCUCGUCCAGAGAAAGGAACCAAUGGCUCCGUCACUGCCAGUGCCAACACCGAGUCCCUCAGCUGCAGCUGACGCCGGUUUACGCUUUUCCUUCUUGGGUCCCGACACUUUUCAAGCUCUCCAGAAUCCAGCAUCACCUCAAUCCCAAGCAUACAAGUGGCUAUUGGAUGAUCUACAAACAAAUUUAAAUUCAACCAUGCUAUACUCAGAGGACCGGAUCAAACAAAGAUUUGCUCUUGCCACCUUUUUUUACAGCACCAACGGAAACAACUGGACCUCUCAAAUCAGAUUGCUCAGCAUCCCCAAUGGGACUAGUAGUCCAAACCCAGAUGACUACUUUCGUCCAGACGAAAGCUUGGUACACUAUGGAACCACACCAGCCAACAACAAGACCACGCCAAACUCUUCACCCCAAGGAGCCAAUGAACCUGAUCAACAGCAGGCAUAUCCGUAUAAACCAUGGCUCAGUUCUCAUCAUGAGUGUAGUUGGUGGUCGCUAGCACACAUCAAUGGGUUCGACACUUGCAGAAAUGACACCUCCUACGUGUCCCUUGAUUUGGAAGGGAACAAUUUAGCAGGUCAGCUGCCACCAGAGCUUGGUCUACUCACAACAUUGGAGGGUCUCUAUCUGGGACGCGACAGUCAAUUGAACGGGACUAUCAUCUCUCAAAUUGGGCAACUGACCAAUCUCAAAGAGUUGGAUUUGGGACUAGCAGAGUUCUCAGGGACACUUCCAACCGAGUUGGCAUUGCUCUCAAAUUCAUUGCAGUACUUGGCCAUUAUGAGAAAUCAGCUCUCAGGAAGCUUUCCAAGCCAACUACUGGCUCUGUCCAAGCUAGAACAGCUCAAGAUGGGAUACAACAAGUUCGAGGGAACUAUACCAGGGGACAUUGGCACCAAGCUUUCCAAUCUCCAUGUAUUCACCACCCCAGGUGGCGGCCUACAAGGUACAAUUCUAUCCUCCCUGUUGCACUGUUCCAAUUUGACCUUUAUUGAUGUUGCAGAGAACCAGUUCAUGGAAGAGCUGCCCUCGGAGUUGGGUGCCUUGACGCGCCUAACACGGCUCUUUCUACCCAACAAUCAAUUUCGAGGAACAAUCCCGUCGGAGCUAGCAUUGCUUCCCAAGCUGGCCAAACUGAACCUCCACAACAAUGCAAACGUCACAGGGCCGCUGCCGCCAGAGUUUUCAGCUCUAAAUGGCAGCUUGUCUGUAUUGCAAAUUCAAGGGACAAGAGUCACUGGGACAAUCCCGGAUGCUCUGUGCAGCAUCAACAAGCUCAGAUUUGAUUGUUCAGAAACUCUUUGUGGUUGUGAUUGUCCCUGUUGA